UAAUACUCCAUUCCACGUACCUCGAAGUACAUAUAAAUGACGUUGAACCAGGUACCUUGAUCCAAGUCACUUUGUCCAUCGGAUGCUUUAAACCACUUCUCCUCUUUCCUCUUAUUUCUCUAGUUGUUCAAUGAGACAUUCUCUCCUUUUUGUUACAGCGAGAAGAACAACACUCUACGCCAACUCUUCCUCUGCCAUUGACCUCCACCACUUUUCCAACCUCACACCACUCGUCGGAUCUUACCCGAACCACAUCCGAGUCCUCCCCACCACCACUAACCGUCGAGUCCUUCGCCUUCACCUUCACCUUGCGACUGCCACCGCCGCCAUGUCGACCCGCGCCAGCAAGCGUCAAAAGAUGACCGAGUCCCCCUACCGUCUGAUCUACUGGCCCGGCAUGCCCGGCCGCGGCGAACACGUCCGUCUCGCGUUCGAGGCCACGGGAACCCCCUACGUCGACGUGACCAACCAGACCGACGAAGGCAUCCAAGCUCUCUUGACCAGGAUCGACAAGAAGAACCGGGGAGACCCUCACAACCCUCCCCUGUUCGCCCCUCCGGUCCUGGAACACGGAGACGUCAAAAUCUCCCAGACGCCCAACAUCCUGUUGUAUCUGGGUGGUCGGCUCGGUCUGGCCCCGUCCCCCGAGGACGACGUCAACGGGUACUACCACGUCAACUCCCUGACCUUGACCGCCCUGGACGGCCUGUCCAACGAGGCCCACGACGUCCACCACCCCAUCGCCUCCAGCCUGUACUACGAGGACCAAAAGGACGAGGCGCUCCGCAAGGCCAAGGACUACCGGGAGGUCCGCCUGCCCAAGUUCUUCGAGUACUUCGACCGUGUCCUCUCGAGCCCCGCCAGCGGGGGCGGGGAUUACCUCUACGGGGACAAACUGACCUACGCGGACCUGGUGCUCUUCCAGACCGUCGACGGCGUCUCGUACGCCUUCCCCAAGUGCGUCGCGAAGAUGAAGGAGGGAGGCGAGUACGAAAAAGUGUUUGCCCUGUACGACCGCGUCAAGGGUCUCGACAAGGUCAAGGCCUAUCUCGAAAGUGACCGGAGACAAAAGUACAGCAUGGGUAUCUAUCGACAUUACCCUGAAUUGGACGAGUGAUGGACCUGGGUACAAAGGUACAUGCUCAUGGUGACCUCUGGGAGAUGUGCAAGCUCAUGCAGAGACGAUCAAGAAUUGGGCUGGGUUUGCCUCGUUCAAAAUACGCAUGUAAAAGUCCACACAUAUAGCCACAAAAGAAUGAAAGCCGUUGCGUGUCCACA